AUAUCUUACCUAUUACCACUUGAAACUAGCCUCACUCCUAUUUAUUAAAAUAAUAUGUUACGCAAUAAAACUGUAUAUAAGUAUCGCAAAAAGUAGCUCGAUAUUCAUAAUAAUAUUAUUUGUUAAUAAUAUAAACUUUAAAUAUUUAUUAUAAAAAAAUUAUAGCCAUGUUUAAAACUAUAUUAAUAAUUGCUUUCUCAAUUGCUGUGGGUGAUUGCGACCCUUUUAAGGACGUAAAGGCAUGGGAGGCUAGCGUAAAAGCUGACUACGCUAAACUGACCGCGGUGGAACUAGUAACAAAAACCGAUAGUAGCAUACAAACACUUUUUAACUUGCUAAUACCAGCGGCCGACCUACUACUCAAAAACAACAUGACCGCCUCGGCCGAGAGCUACCUGGCCAUCGGGGACUUCCUAAAAUUAGCCAGCAACACUUUCUACCAGUCAGUGGACAGGGAAUCGGCAAAUCUGACGUUAAGGGCCUCCCGUAUGGCCGAGUAUGGGACGGUGUUUGAGGUACUGGCCCGCAGUGCCACCGUUGAGGCCAAGGAGAGAAAGCCGUUGAACGUGACGGACACCGAACAGGCCCUACAUAUCAAGUUUUAUGACGUGCGGUCCCAGUUUAAAAUGAUGCUGGAUACUGUGGCUGCCGGUGAGCAUAAAAGGGGACUGGAGAUAUGGGCCGGGUGGCAUGAUACGAUAUCAAACUUUUUGGCUCAGGGCUACACCAGGAUCGACGAUACGUACGCAGUAGUCGUACCCCAACAGCAAAGGGCGGCCUUUUUUCAGUUGCUCCCCAGGUUCAUGGCCAACGAAGAACAUACAAAGUGCGGGUCGUGUGAGAAGUCGUGUGCGGACAGGAAUAAGGAGAUGAUGUGUGCGUCGGUCUGUCGUGAGGGCUGUUUCUGUAAGAAAGGGUAUGUCAGGGACGCCAACAAGGAUUGUAUUGAGCCGGAUAAGUGUCCCAAAUAA